GCAGUGGUUUAUUCAGUGGCUCGGUCAGGUCGUGUCGCUGCUCUGCGUGCGUGUGCGUGUGUGUGUGUGUGUGUGUUUGAUCGCUCCGGCUGCUAAGCGUAGACGUAAAGAAGGAGGCUGCAAAUGUACCAGAGCUCAGUUUAUUAGGAGGAGAUGUGGUGUCGCGCAGAAGCCCUGUGAGGCGGUCCUGCCCCGCGACAGCUUCCUCUGAGGACCAGCGCUACUCUUAACAAAGCCACAUCUUGGGAAGUAGCAGCUUCUCGGUGGCCGAUCUCCUCCAGUCCAGAGGCCAGCAGCUUUCUCUCAGCCUGAGGACAGCAGAUGAUUCAGCAACAGUGGGCACAGUGGUGCUGAGCCGGAUGAAGAUGGGUGAGAUCGAGGAUGGCGAGGUGGACCACAUUACCGCCGACAUGCACCAGAAGUGCACGCUGGUGUACGAGUCGUCGCAUGGAACCAUUAAUGACAAGGAUAACGGACCAAUAAUGAAUUCUGUGUUUAAGAACGCGGUGUGUAAGGUGUAUAGGUUUCAGACGGUGGAGAGUAAAUGGAUGUUGGUGCGGGAACAGAUGGCGGAGUGCACACUGUCCUUCAGCGUCCCGAAGCAGCUCAUCGCCCUCUACAUUCAGGAGGACACCUGCAGGAUACAGGAGCUGAAAGAUCUGGGAGAGCUCUCUCCACACUGGGACAACCUACGGAAGGACGUGAUCUCUCGCUACGACCAGAUCAUCAAAGAAUACCAGGACACGCUGACAGAGCUCGAGAAACACACUGGCCCGUCGUUCAAGCCCAGCUGCAGCAAAGGCCAGAAAUAUCUGGAGUUCGUUCCCAUCAACCUGCACACACAGAGGAUGCGGGUGACGUGUCCGAGGAAAACAGAUUCCUUCUAUGAUGUGGUCACAGUAGGAGCUCCGGCAUCACAUUCGCAAGGCUUCAAGAGCGGAGGCUUGCAGAAACUGCUCAGCAAACACGAAUCCGAGAAGAAGAGCCACAGCACAGCGUAUCAGUGCAUCUACUAUCCCCCGGAUCAGACGGCCCGUGCGCGUGAGAUCCUGAGUGUGGUGUCUCAGCUCCAGCCGCUCAUCUCUGCGCUGGCCGACCAGCUGCUCCAGGCCCAGCACCGCUCCACUGAAGCUCUGCGGGACGUCCUGAAGAGCCUGGAGGAGAAGACGGAUCAGUUUGUUCACGCUCUGAAAGACGAGCUGGUGAAGAGCGCCCUCUUAGCGUUGCAUGCCGCAAGUCCCGGAUACGUCUGCAAAAGUCCGACUUCGACCCCGUCCAGCCCACACAAGGCCGACUCGCCCCCCGGCGUCACCGAGGAGUCCCACACCGUCUGCAAUAAUGUUAACGGCUCCCAAACACCCCAGAAGGAAAGCAAAGCGUCUCCCGUCCGCUCCGACUCCAUCCCGCAUCACAAAGAGUACGACGAGGAGGAAUGGGACAGGGUCUGGGCCAGUGUGGCGAAGAGUUUGAACUGUGUCAUUGCCACGGUGGAUAAAUUACAGGAGCAAGACAACAACAACCAGGAGUCAGUGCCCUGCCACACGCUCGCUGACGUCAUCACCUCACACAGUCCCGAUCGUCCGCUGACAGCCGUGGAUGUCCGGGAUCAGCUCGCUGUCGUGGUCCAGUCGCUGAAGGAGUGUGUGUCGGCGGUGGCGGAGAGAGCCAGGCGCUCGGUGAUCUUCGUCCUGCUCCAGGAGGCGGCGGGCAGUUCAGCGCAGGGUCUCCAGCUACAGCAGAGACGGGACACUGUCUUCAGCCAAGCACUGGCUGCACUGGCGUGUGGAUUUGUCAUGCGGUUAUACGCGGGUUUGGAGGACAAGGGUUUUCUCAGACAGCUGCAUGCCGUCGGACUGGUGGCCCAGUUUGAGAGUCUGCUCAGCACUUACAGUGAAGAAAUAGGGAUGCUGGAGGACAUGGAGGUGGGGAUCUCUGACCUGCACAGAGUGACCUUCAGGAUCACAGAGGCAGCGUCUGAAGAAGCAGCCAGUCUGCAGCCCACCAUCAGCGGGAGACGAGACCGUUACACCGUCGAGGUACCUCUCCCACAUCAUGCCUUCCAAACGCUCCCGGACGAGCUGCGCGAGGGCAAGCCUCUACGCGUGCUUCCCGUGCUCUUCAACGUGGGCAUAAAUGAGCAACAAACCUUCGCUGAGAGGUUUGGUGACAUAUCUUUACAGGAGAGGAUAAACCAGAAGAACUUUGAGAUUCUAGAAGGUUACUAUAAAUCCUUAACAAACACAGUGCCGUCCGAAUGCCUGCCGUGCUUUCAGACGCAGACAGACAUUAAGGAACUGCUCGACACACUCGGACAGAAUGUAGUAACCAAGAAGAGGAAGAACGUGGAGAUCUUGUGGCUUGCAGGAAUGAUCUGUCGACGGAUGAAUGGUAUCCGCUUCACCAGCUGUAAAAGUGCCAAAGACAGGACGUCUAUGUCAGUGACGCUGGAGCAGUGCUCUCUGCUGCGGGACGAGCACCAGCUCAAUAAAGACUACUUUGUGCGAGCUCUGGACUGCAUGCGCAGAGAAGGCUGCCGGAUUGAGAAUGUGCAAAAGAAUAUAAAGUGCAGAAAAUAUGCUUUCAACAAGCUCCAGCUGAUUGCCUUUCCCAAAUACUACCGGCCUCCUGAGGGGACGUAUGGGAAGGUGGACUCGUGAUGAAACACCAGUAUUAAUAUCUAGAGAUGCAGUGAAGUCCACAUUGAACAUCUUGGAUGUCAAAU